AUGAUUGGAAUGGUCAAUGUUCAAUGUGAUACUCCUCUCGAUUACUAUGCCACCGCUCCAAAUCUCCUCAGCCGUGACACAUCGAUGAGAAAGAGAGGGGAUAGUGAGUCGGCAAAUGCCAGCCGCCACAACUCCACCAAACGUACGCCAUCGUGGCGCCCAUUGUUUACUGGGCAGUUGAAGAAGAAAAGUUCGAAACCAAAGUACCUAAAGGAUGGACGAAAAUUGACAGAGGAGGGAACUGAUGAGCCGAACAAGCUCUGGGAAGAAUUGUUCCUCCGCUCCUUCGCCCAGAAAAUCGAACAAGAAAUCUCGUCCCCAUCCCCACUGGAAGCCCACAAAAACCUCAAUUCUGAACUGUCAAAGCUCAAGAUUCAAGACAAAUCAUUCUACCGAUCCACAUACUCAUUGGUUUCGCCAACGAGGAUAGAGAACAUUGAUUUCGAUGAAUUGGAGAGAAUCGAGAGACAAGAGGAGGCUGAUGAGCCUGAACUUUCAAAACCAAAUCGCUCAAAUUCGUCCACAGAACGACCCAGUUCUCAAAUUUGCAGCGUCUUCCUGCCCUUUAUCAAAACGAUUAAGGGAAAUAAGAAGAAGAAUUCAAUCACCUCAUCAACAAAUCCAAUUAAUAACAAUUCUAAAAAUUGA